AUGAAACUAAUAAAGUUUGACAAAUUUGAUAAGCCUUGCCUUUAAUCUUAACAUGAAAUCAAAAUAACAACCAAUCUUACUAGAACUCCAAAAUAAAGUCAAUCUUAAACAUUUAUUACAUUCAAAUCAUCACCUAGUAAUUCAAAUAAAAAUAGUAUUCAUCGGCAAUCAACUCAUUUAAUAUAACAUAAAAGCUAAUUCUCACAAUCAUACAAAUCACAAAAUCAAGCAUUUUCAUAAUAAAAUACAAUUUCAACAGUUUAAGAAUGCAUUUCAAUUCUUUCUGAUUUUAAAUCAACUUCCCCUUUAUUGUUAUAUAAUAAAAAAGUAACAUAAAAAACAAAGGACAAAAUGAAUUAAAUUUCAAUUAUCAUUGAUUAAAUGUUACCAUAAGAUAAUAAAGAAGAAAUGAGAAGAUAAAAAAAUAUGAAUCAAGAAAAAAUAUAAUAAAUGAUGAAGCUCCUUAUGUAAGAAAAACAAUAAAAAUAUUAAGCAAUAAAAUCUGGUGAUAGCUUAAUCAAAUAAUAAUAAGAAUAAAUUUAAUCAUUAGUAAAUAUAUUUUAAAUAAUAUUUUCUAGAAAACCAGAAUAUCUUUAUAUAGACAAAGUCAUGAUGAUAUAUGA